GCUAGUCGCGUCCCCCCGCCCCCAGGCCCGACCCUGUGUCCCCAGGCCUCAGUCAGGGUGAGCCGGUGUGCUCCACCCGCCCGGGCGUCCACCAUUGCGCAAGACGUGCAUCUGUUGGCCUCUACCGACUGCGCCGCCGGACAAUCCUUCGGCGACGUAGCGGUGGACAGCGCCAAGAAAACCACCACGAUCACCACCACCACCACCACCACAAGUACCACCGCCACCACCAACAACAACUACAACACCACGACCAACAACACCAACAGCAGCAGUAAAAGUGACUGCUUCAGAGACUCUGUCUGCCCUCAUUGCUGCCACGGGGGUAACACGGAUCGUAAUAAUAAUUAUUAUGACAACAGAAAAACGAAUGACAGCAACACCACCAACAACAACGGCUUAAUUCCGAGUUGCACCAACAGGAUCAACAGCAAUUGUAGCAAACGCAACUUCAAAAGCAACAGCAACAGCAGCAGCAGAGGUAGCAGCAACAGCAGCAGCAGCAGCAAAAUCAACAGCAUCCUCAACGGUUUUAGCAGUUCCAAAUCCGACAACAGCUUCUGCAAUCGAGCGUACAACAGCAACAGUUGUAGACCCCUCAGUAACAGACCAGACUUAACCAUGCGCUGGUGUCGCAUCCGACUGGUCCUCCUCGGCCUUCUCCUCUGUGUAGUUCACGUGGUCAGCGGCACGUGUGGUCAAACAUUCACGGACCCGGGCUCCAGCGCCUUGCUCUCAGACUUGGUCAUCGAGGGAAAAGUUCAGAAACAGUCUUCGACGAGAGGAGACGGUACCUACGAGGUGUCCGUGGGCAUCAGGAAAAAAGUAUUGAAAGGGGAGGAACUUCUCGCGAGGAGGGGGCGGCAUAACAAACGCACAAAAAGAGUGACCGUUGGCUAUUUCAAAGACGGGAAAGCGGACGGAGAAAAGUGUUUAGGUGAAGUGACCGUUGGACGGACAUAUUAUUUUUUUCUCAAGAAAGUCCCCGAUGGUGCAGGAUUACGUUUUCAGCUGAGCGCUCUGCCAGUGAAAAAGUCCAAAAAGCAUUCUCGAUUGUUGAGAAAAAUUCUGUGUGAUAAAUGUGCUCAAAGUCCAAAAAUCAAAAGACUGACCGGACCGGACGGUGUAAAAUCUGGGACAAAGGUCACAUUGAAGUGCUCAGCGAAAGGGAUUCCGAAACCGGAGUUCUCGUGGUACAAAAAUGGCAAGUUGGUUACCAGCAGUAGAGGGGUCAGGCUGCGGACGAGUGGAAAGCGCAUGUCCAAACUGCAGAUCCGGAAGGCGACGGCGAAGGACGAGGGCGUGUACGAGUGUGUGGCGAGGAACGCCGUUGGAGAAGCAAGAAAAAAGCUCGAGAUCAAAGUGAACCAGCAGCGAAAUGCGGUCCCUUGUGAGUCUCAAACGUACUGUCUGCACGGGGGUACCUGUAUGCAGAACGUGGCUGUGGGGCUUGUCUUCUGUGUGUGUCGCGAACAGUUUGCGGGGCAUAGAUGCGAACUUCUCGAUGCUAUCGGCGUGCGUGAAGACUAUAUGCGCCAAGCGACACUGCAAUUUGAACGUACGCUGAUCACCGUCGGCAUAGUAAUUGCAGUUCUCGUUUUAAUCGUCAUUUGCAUUGCAUCUUACUUCCUUGCAAAGCGGCGCCGUGAGGAGUUCAGGAGGCGGCAAAAGAGCAAGAAGAAUUCCAAUGCACGUGCUCGGGCUGCUGACGGUGUAGCGGAAGCACACGCCCCGGCAGGCAACAGAUACCCGCCGGGUUCCUCUGUUCUGACAGCAAUCAACGUCUCCGCAUCGCCCAACAUGACAAAUUAUCCAGCCGGCCAGCCUCUGAACAUGUCCUUUCUCUCCCACCACCAGCCGCCCACUGGCGUGGCUUCCCAGCCUGACGGCUCAAGCAUCGGCCAACCACCUCAAGAACCACCCACUCUUCGCUCUGGUCCCCGGACGGAAUCAAAUAACGACAUGAUGACUCGUGGUCGCCUUGUGGCUUCUUCCUACGACAACUGCGAGCCGACCUCUCCGCUCUGGAAAGAACGGGAUCAUUCUGUGAGAGAAAAUCCAGAGGAGCAGGUGGAGAGUUUUGAAAUGCAACCGAUUAGCAAGAUGAAAGAGCCCACCGAACUUGAAAAUGGUUUUGCUGAUGCAAGCACGCGCCAAGAGCCCAGCGACUCUGUCGAUUUACCACCCCCACCGCCAUAUCAAAGUCCUCCUCCACCCACUUCCUCAUCCUAUCCCAGCUUUUCGCCACCGAAGCAAUUAGAAGGACAUGGCCCUGUAGGCGACCGGUUCAGCCCCACUUCCCACAUCCCAUCAUCAUUCCCAUCCCCUCCUGCCAGCGUUCGCGAUGACAGCUCUUCCAGGGAGGAUUUGGACACCGCUACUGCUGCUGUUGUUAAGCCUUUGCUGCAAGUCGACCACCAGCUUGGGGCCGAGCAGCCGUCUAAUGACCACCUUCCUGACGCGGAGAUGGACGCGGUCACUUCCCCUAAAGGCCCCGGCCUCAGUCGACGGCGGCGGGACGAAGACUCAGGCACUGGCUACGAUAGUGACAACUGUGAGAAGGAGCGUCUGCUGCUAGAGAGCCCAAUUCACAAAGGCCCUCCUCAUUCACACACAUAUCCUAAACCUAAGAUGAACGGUAAAGGGCCUGGACUGUGCAUUGACAGUGACGACGACGACGACGACGAUGACGACGACGAUGAUGAUGUGUCAGAAGUGCCGUACAAACCACACAAAGACGAAUUACACAUAAGUGAAGAGUUUCUGAAUCUUUCAGAAGAAAACCUUAUUGGUAGUUCCUUCAACAGCAUCCCGACCCCCUCGAGACAGGCAAGCUAUGACGGUGGAUACAACGAUGGGACGAUCCCUCUCCUGUAUAACAUGCGGCCGGAGAUGAGAAAGUACCAGAGCGAAGAUGUAUCCCCACGCCUCCUCAGCAAAGGUCGUGCCUUAGGCUUAGAGCCGGGCCGCAGUCGCUCUAUGGACAAUCCAUCUACCUCCGACAGACCCUCGGGUCAUGUGAGCGGGAACAGUUGUGGUCAGAUGAACAGUACAUUAGCCGGAAGUCCAGAAGAAGAAGACUACGAUAACUUGCCCCUGCAGCUGCGAAAACUGGAGAACCCUUUCGACCCCACAGAUGACGACGACAGUGCCCCGUGGGAUGUGAACGAGUCCAGUCAGCCAAACUUCCAGAAUCUCAGCGAAGAGGAAAGAGAUAGGAUGAACAGACUCAAACAUGUGCGUCCUGAACAAGAAGCCAUACCAAUAUAAUAAGAAAAUGCCAUGUACAGGAAACUCGGGGUGCACGUGAGGGGGUGGGGUGGGGCAGGUUAUAAGGUGUAUUGAUGCCACAGACAACUGCCUCCUGUACAGCAUAUCCCAAGGAAAUGUCCGAAUGUUAACGACUGAUUAUUAUUUCGAAAACACAAAUUUCCUCUUUACAGUCUGGCAUACAUUUUAAUGCUGAUACAAUGGUUACUUUUGUUGGCCUACAUGUCUGGUUUUAAAGAAAAAUCAUUAUUGUGAUUUUGUUAGAGCUGAAACACGAGUCAUGUGUCAUGUUAAUGCAUAAUAUUUUUUCAGUAUCGCAAGUCAUUUCCAAGGCUGUUUCUCUAUCUCGACAAUAUUGUCCUAUCUUGGGCCUAUAUUUAAGGCCUGUGAGUCUUCUACACACUCUGUACAAACGCUCAGAACAGUUCCAAGUUGUAUACUAUUGACUGUGGAUCCAGACAAAUGUAGGACAUAAGAUAUAGAAGAAAAGGGCCUGAAUUGAUGCAGUGUACUGCAGUAUUUCACCAGGGUUGGCGUUCUUCUAUACUCGGUGAAUGAAUGAUUGGAUGGAUAUCAUGGCUAUAAUGAGAUGUGAUCAUUGUCUCACUCCCACAUCUGACUAACACUUCUGGUCGAGAAAGGUUGUGACGAACUGGUGCUAGUUCAUUUCCGUGAAGUAGUCAGAUUAUGGUGAUAUUCUUCGCGCACACACUAAUCACAAGGCGCACUGUCUCUGAACAGAAAUGUAGUAAAUAAGUUAAUAACUGUAGGGUGCUGGCCUAGACAUAUAUGACGAAAGUAGCAGCCAUCUUUAUUCAUUUUUAAUGUACACUAUCAUUAAAAUCAAUUGCUUCACUUAUUUACUCGCUACUGAUGGGACUUUUUAAUUUUGGAUCUGAGAAAGGUUUAAGAAUGCUCAGAAAGUGGUUUGUGGAGACUUGGAGAAGACAUUGUGUCAGUAGCAAGUGUAUAAGAAAGUCAAUAUGUCAGUAUUUGGUCUCCUCUUUUACAAGUAAAAUGUAUCUUUCAUGAACAAUUGUUGUAAAGGUUUCAAAGUGAGUUAAAAAUCAAAGGCUUUCCAGGUGGUUAAUGUAUUACUUCUAACAAGCUAGGGACUUUGAUGCUAGACACCAAAGUGAUGCUGAAAAGGAUGUGUGUUUAGGUGAUUUAUUCAUCUAAACCUUUCCUACACUGACCCAAGGUUCAUUAAUUUUGUUUUGCUCUCAAAACAUUAAUGGUGAUUUCUCCUUAGUUUUGGAGUAUGAAGGAUAAUACGUGUAGUUGAAAAUUUUCUGCACCCUUAUGGCAUGGCUCUGAAAUAUGAAUUGACGAUGGUCACCAGACACUGGAAUAUGGGAAAAUGCAUUACUUCUGUUGGAAAACAAAGGCUCUCUUUACUAUGUUAAAUGUGUGAUGAAAACUGUGAUGAAAUAUUGUAUAAAGAGGCUUCUGAGUUAUCAUAGCCCCAUCACCCAGAGAAAGUUUUAUUUCUACUUUAGGCUUGCUUUGUGACAUGCUUAUGGAGCAUGCUGCAAUUCAUUCAAGAGAAGCUGUUGUUGCCUCAUUAUUGUGCACACUUCGGAGAAAAAAAUCUGUUGUGCUUCAGACAGGUAGCAAAGUGGGCAUCAUUUCAGUCUUUAACAGGGGAAAAACAAAUUUUUAUGGUAAUUUUUAUAGUGGAGCCAAAUCAUUGUCAUUGUCUAUCACUGCAAGAGGAAGUGUUAAAUUCAGGUAUUUGAAUAACUUUAAAAAAAGAAGGCAACUUUUAGACAAAAAAUUUUCAGAUAAAAAAAAAUAUUAUACGUAGACCUGCAUUUAAUGUUUUCCAAAAGCAUAGUAGUGCUGUAUAAUAAUAAUCUGUGACAAAAUUUUCCAAAACAAAGUUAUUUGAUGAGCAUUUUAUACUUGUAUUUCAAAAUUACUCAGAAGUAUCUGUUACUUCAUUAUUGGAGUAUUUUAUGUCAUGGGCAUUAUCUGUGAUUAAGCUGUACAGGUAAGUUCAAAUUAUUUCAAGUUGGGCUUUUUUAACAUUUAAUGCUGAGAUAUAUGUAUUUAAUAUUUCAAACAGCAACUUUGCUGGCGGUGUGUCAUAAAGCCUUUGGUUCUUUGUGGUCUAACCCUCUGCAUUUUGGGGCUGUUCAAUCAAAUUCACUGGUUUCAGAGUUUUGAGUUGUGGCUUUUUCUUUUUUGUUUUCUUUGCAAGCUGAAGAGGGUUUGGGGUGGAAUUUCUUUUCUGUUGUAUUUUAUAAAUUUAUUUGAAAUUCUUUCUUCUUGCCAAGAGGAAAUCCUUCGUAGUUUCUUACACCAUUUCAGCAUUUUGAAAAACAGGGUGAGAAUCAUGGUGAGUUUCAUUGUGCUAACUUUUCCUUCUUUUGUCUUCUCUGACAGGAGACGAAAUGCUUAAAAGCUCUAGAUGAAUAUAUUCUGACUUAAGUCAGGUUUCUUUUAAAAUUUGUUUUUUCACUCAUUUUCAUUUGCAUUGAGCCAUAUGAGUCAAGUAGUAAAGAAUAGUAAAUAUAGCCUGAAUUAGAUGCAACACUGUAUCUGUGUAUCAUUACAAUGUAAUAAUAGAUGUGCAUUUUGUCAAACAGUGUGUCCAUUUAUCUUGUCAUGAUCUUGUUUGUUUUUGUAAUAUUUGUAUACUUUUAGUCAUGAACAGUUGUGAUUUUUACUGUUAUUAUAAUCUGUAUAACAUAAUAAAUGCAGACAUCCUCUGUGAAAGAAAACUACACUUGACCUGUCUGCCAUGAUUGUUAUAAUGUAAACAGUCAGGUGUUGUUUGUUUUUUUGGUUUGUCUUUGUUUCUUUUUUAAUAAAUCAUGUUGUGAUCUGAAUUCAAGUCAUAACAAAGAGUUGUCAUUGUCCAUACUUGAAUUAUCUUCAAAGUAGAGUGAUCAUGCUCCUUGUGAAUACCCAUAAAUCACCCACACAUUAUUUUUGUUUUUAUUCCAUUGGUCAAGAUGCUGACAGGAGAGUUAGGUAGAAUCUACUCUUCUAUGUUUCUGUUAUCAAAUGAUAGUCUCAAGUGCAGUGUUCACAUAGCAUGACAUUCAGCUGUUGACACCCUGCCUUCCCCACCCCUUCCCCGUACUCUUUUUUUUUUUCACCUUUGAAUCCAUGCCAAAAUGCCUCUUGUACUAGUAAGCUUCAUGCAAAAAGUGAUAAUGAGUGCACAUCUGGAAGUCUCUUCAUGGCUAUUUAUUUGUUUUAUAAAGGAUGAUGAGAGGAGAAUACAAAGAAUAUUUAUUUAUUGCUUACUCUUGUAUCUUGUUUCUCUAUUUGACUGCUUAUAGUGAAAGCUCUGAUCCCUGCUUUCAUAUGGUAGGCCCACUGCUGUCUUGAUGAGAUUAUGCAAAUUAUUGAAAGUAUUUCCAUUUCCAAAACUUUCUGUGUGUCAAUUUUUGUUGCCUCAUCCGAAUACAAAAUUUUAAGAUUUAAAGUGAGUUUUACAGUUAAGUUUACCAAUACAUGAUUUAAUCAGAUUGUACUAUAGGCUCAUUAACUUAAGAUUUUGAUAAAUGAAGAUACCCAGCUAGUGAAGAUGUUUACAAGUAACUGCACUUUUUUAAAACAAAAGAAGAACUGAUUCAUUUCUAGAUUACCUUCCACUCUGUCAUUGUCUUGUGUGCAUUUUGUAUUCUAUGGUUGAAUCAAGAUUAUGUUAAUAUUUGUGAAAUUAAUGUAUUUGUCCAUUUUUCAGUUGUUGUUUUUAUUUGUUCCUAUUGACUGAACAUAGAACAAAGCACUGCCAUUAUUUUUGUAUGAGCUGCUUCAUUUGUGACUUACAUUUUAUUCGGUAUGUACUAUGAAGGUUUGCAUUUUUAUUUACUUUUUGUAGUGUCAUAUUUUGUUGCAAGGCUAUAAAACAAUGGCAGAUUUACUUGUUGCCUUGAGGCUUUUUUCAUGCUCUUUAUGUACUAAGUUUUUAAAUUCAAUAACACAAACUACAAGCUUCACCACAUAACUGUAUGUUCCUUAUAUUCUUAAAUCAUUUCGUAUUUCAAUUCAUACCAUUUCCAUUUUCAUUGUCAUAUUUAUAAACAUAAAUCUAGUUUGCAAUGUUGUUGAAUAUGAGUAACAUUUAUAUUAUACUAUCAUUCCAUCACUGAGCUCUGGUCUAGGAAAGUAAGUACCGCCAUUGUGUCAUCACUGUCAGUCCCAAAUGGCCAGGCUCUUUCUGCAGUUGUCCCCCUUUGACCCCAUUCUUUAUCUCUUUAUUGAUGGCAUUGGACGAAUUGCUUUCAAAGCUUUUCCACCCGUAAACAGAGAGAUUUUUCAGUCCAAAGAAAGUGGAGUCAUAAAAUUUAAAAUACCAAAGUCAGUCAAUGUCACCCGGAAUUUUUACAAAUAGGUUGGCCUUUUUUAAGCAAAAUCUUAUUAUGAGGAAGUUGCCAUUUUAUCUGGGCAAGCGAGGGUGUGGCAGUGAAUAUGGAGUGAAGUCAGGGCAAUGUUGAAUUUUAUUUGAACAUUAGUAAACUUAAGUGGGAGAUGAGCAAGCAAGACGUACAAAUAUAUAAAUCAAAGUGAACAAACCAUCUAAGCACAUAUUCAUAGAUCAGUACAUCAUAGCAGCAAAAUUCACUCUCUUAUUUUGCCCAUUGCUUCGAUUUGCAAUAAGAGGAGGCAUUUCCUAUUCUUGUUGAUAUCAAUUAGAAAGCCCAAGGUGAAAGUGUAGGCCUAUCGCUUUUCUUUGCUUCUCAAAGCAACAUGAAUGCCAAAGCACUAGAGAAAUAAAUGUACACAUCGACUGCCAAAUAUUUUCAAGAAUCUCAGCCAGCAUCUUAACUUUUUUCUUGUCGACCAUUUUUCAUCUUUUCUUCUGCAUAAUAUACAAUAGGCUGGCAUUAUUCACAUAAAUAUAAGCUACUCCUUGUUCAUUGCCCCUAUACCAACACCAGUAAAUUCAUGGCCUAGCAGUUACAA